CUAUAUUUGUGGAACUCAAUUUAUUCAUAUGUGAAUGAUUUAUUUUGUUCUCAAACGCUUUGCCUUUAUUUGUGAAUUGUAAUCGUAAUUUAUUUGUGAAUACUCAAAAUCUCUAAGCUCCGCCUCCAACAGAGUUUCGUUUUAGACGGGGAUUCGGCAGGUGCAGCUUUAUUCCUGCUUUCACUGGACGAUAUCUUACAACUGAAAAUAAAACUACGGUGUCUGGUUGAACAGGUUUUGGUGAUAUUUUGUGGUAUUUCCAUUUCCACAAUAGGCAAAUGUGACACACCUACUUUGUGGCACACCUGCAUGGCAAGUGAAGUAAUGUACACUGAAAAAAAUCAUUAAUUCAAUUUCCUCAAUUUUUUAAGAUAUGGCUUCUUCUAGUGAUUUUAUAUCUGAAGAGCAGCUUACAUGUUCUAUAUGUUUGGACGUUUUCAACGAUCCUGUAACCACUGCAUGUGGACAUAACUUUUGUAUGGCCUGCAUCAGAAAACACAGGGAUGCCAGUCCAGGUGUGUCAAAUUGUCCACUGUGUUAUUCUAAGUUGGAUUCUAAAACAGAUUUUAAAAUAAACAGAGACAUGAAAGAAAUCGCAGAGAGCAUUAAAAGAAAACGGAUCCAGGAGUCUGAAGUGACCUGUGAUAGUUGCCCAAAGAAGAAGCGGAUUGCUGUCAAGUCGUGUUUAGAUUGUGAAACCUCUUUUUGUGAGAGUCACUUGGAGCCCCAUAAAACGGCAAAAAAUCUCAUGAAGCACAAACUGAUUAAACCUGUGGAGAAUCUGGAUGAUUACAUUUGCCGAAAACAUCACAAACCUCUGGAACAUUACUGUAAAGACGAUCAAAUACCUGUCUGUUCCUUUUGUGUAGAAAGUGACCACAGGGAUCAUGACACAGUUCACGUUGAGAAGGACAGUUUGAACCUCGUGAUGAAUGAAAAGUCUGCAGUGCAGCAGAAAAUCCAGGACAGAGGGCAGAAAAUUAAAGAGAUUAGACAUUCAAUAAGGUUUAACAAACAAGCCAAAGAAAAAGAGAUUGAGGAGAACAGUAAGUUUUUCAAGCAUGUUUUUGAGAGAUGUAAUGCAGAACUGGAGGAAGAAAUGGAGGAGAAGCAUACAGAAACAGAGAGACGAGCCAAAGAGCUCAUCAAUGAGCUGGACCAAGAGAUCAUGAAACUAAAGGAAAAACAAACUAAACUGGAGCAACUCUCACAUCCUUUGGAUUUUAUACAGGUUAUCAAACUUCAGCGUGACCCCUUAUGUAACAGCCGCUCAACUAACAUCAGCAUCAGUGUUCAUGAACACGGGGCUAUUUUGAGGAAAACCAUAUCACAGCUUCAGAACAGAUUAGAUGAGAAAAUAAGAGAAACUGUUUCCAGAGAGCUGCGGAGUAUACAACGUUAUGCAGUGGAUGUGACAUUUGAUCCAGACACAGCUUAUCCUGAACUCAUGUUGUCUGAUGACAGAAAAAAGGUUUGGAAUGCGGGAAUACCGCAGAAGGUUCCUGAAAACCCAGAACGCUUUGAUUAUUGCUCAUGUGUCUUAGGAAAGGAAGGUUUCUCCUCCCAGAAUUUUUAUUAUGAGGUAGACGUCAGGGGGAAGACAGAAUGGGAUUUGGGUGUGGUAACAGAAUCUGCAAACAGAAAAGGGGAGAUUGAAAUGGACCCUGAAAAUGGAUUUUGGACAGUAUGGCUGAGAAAAACGGAUGAGUAUGCAGCUAAUGAUGUUCACCCUGUCUCUCUUACAUUGAAAGAGAAGCCAGUGAAAGUAGGAGUGUUUGUGGAUUUUGAAAGGGGUCUGAUCUCCUUUUAUGAUGUUGAAGCCAAGUAUCACAUUUAUUCUUUUACUGGGCAGACGUUUGCUGAAAAACUCUAUCCAUACUUCAGUCCUGGAGAACAUGAGGAAGGGGAGAAUUCACAGCCUAUGAUCAUCACACCUGUUGACUUUACUGAAUAAAACAAGUGGAACUAUUCAAAUUUUAUUUUAUUUAUUGUCACAAUAUGCUUUGUGAUAUAAAAUAUGUUAAGAUAUGUUGUUUAUUUUCGGUGGUAACUUAACAACAAUAUAUUUAUUAAUUGUAAUACAUUCAUUUUUUGUUAUUUU